CUCCCUCCACAGCUUUUGAAAGACAGCUCGUCUAGAGUGUGAGAGCCAGAGGGACUGCUUGGGAAACACACUUUUAGAGAGAGAGAGAGAGAGAGAGAGAGAGAGAAUCAAGCAGAGGAAUAGAAAAGAGAGUAGGAGGGAAAGGGGGUAAGAAGAAGAAAGGCAAGGAAGAGAAUAAGAAAGCCAAAGGAACGUAUUAAUAAAUGGCUACAGAGGAGACUGCAGGAGGAGCCCGAAAAGCUACCAAAAGCAAACUCUUUGAAUUCCUAGUCCAUGGUGUGGCUUCAUCUAACUCAGAAAUUGUAUGACUCAGAAAUCCCUGAGUCACUCACUGGUAAAGGCGCGACCACGUGGUGUGCAGGCGUCCGGGGAUGCCCUCUGGAGCCCGAAUGCCCCACCAAGGGGCCCCGAUGGGCCCUCCAGGACCACCAUAUGGGGGGAGUCCCUCUGUUCGCCCAGGGAUGCCAAACACAGUCAUGGAGCCCACAAGAAAGCGUCCGGCCUCCUCCCAGCAGGUUCAACAACAGCAGGCAGCACAGAACCGAGCCAGAAACGCCAAGAGGAGGAAAAUGGCUGACAAGAUUCUCCCUCAGAGGAUUCCAGGGGAUCACAGAAGGAACAGGGUGUUUUGCAAGAUCCGUGAGUUGGUUCCAGAGUCCCAGGCCUACAUGGACCUCCUGGCUUUCGAGCGAAAACUGGACCAAACUAUUAUGAGGAAACGGGUGGACAUCCAGGAGGCCCUGAAGAGGCCAAUGAAGCAAAAGCGUAAGCUGAGGUUGUACAUCUCCAAUACUUUUAACCCUGCAAAACCAGACGCUGACGACUCUGAUGGCAGCAUUGCUUCCUGGGAACUGCGAGUGGAGGGGAAACUACUGGAUGAUCCUAGCAAACUGAAGAGGAAGUUCUCCUCGUUCUUCAAGAGCCUGGUGAUUGAACUGGACAAGGACUUGUAUGGGCCUGACAACCACCUGGUGGAGUGGCACAGAACCCCAACCACCCAGGAGACUGACGGCUUCCAGGUGAAGCGGCCCGGUGAUGUCAGCGUACGCUGCACUCUGCUGCUGAUGUUGGACUACCAGCCCCCGCAGUUCAAGCUUGACCCGAGACUGGCCCGGUUACUGGGGAUCCACACCCAGACACGCUCUGUCAUCAUCCAGGCACUGUGGCAGUACGUCAAGACCAAUAAGCUGCAGGACUCCCACGAGAAGGAGUACAUCAACUGUGACAAGUACUUCCAGCAGAUCUUCGAUUGCCCGAGGCUGAAGUUCUCUGAGAUCCCCCAGCGGCUCACUAACCUGCUGCUGCCCCCUGACCCCAUCGUCAUCAACCAUGUCAUCAGUGUGGACCCCAACGACCAGAAAAAGACGGCUUGCUAUGACAUCGACGUGGAGGUGGAGGACCCUCUGAAAGGCCAGAUGAGCAGCUUCCUGCUCUCCACAGCCAAUCAGCAGGAGAUUGCAUCACUGGACAACAAGAUUCACGAGACAAUCGAGUCCAUCAACCAGCUGAAGAUUCAGAGAGACUUCAUGCUGAGUUUCUCCAAGGACCCCAAGGGGUAUAUCCAGGACUGGCUCAAAUCCCAGAGCCGGGACCUCAAGGUGAUGACAGACGUGGUGGGGAACCCAGAAGAGGAGAGGAGAGCAGAGUUCUACCAGCAGCCCUGGUCUCAGGAGGCAGUCAACCGAUACUUCUACUGCAAGAUUCAACAGCGCAGACAGGAGCUGGAACAAGCACUGGCCGUGCGCAACACCUAAACCCUUCCUCGCGGAAACAACAGAACUCCAGUGCUGCAGCAGCACACCCCCGCUUGCCAUCGUCUUCUCACAGUGUUGUGACUUGCCUUGUUUGUCGUCAUGGUAACCCUCUGUUCUGUGUCCUCGGAGCGGGCACUGCUGCUCUGGAUAUCACUGGGAUCUUCUUCGGUGUCAUUGCUCGACCACACAGUUAGAAUGUAUUUUCCUUUUUAAAAACAGCUAGUCAUAUGGACAAAAAGAAUAUAUACUGUAUGAUACACUCACUGAUUCUAACGCAUGGAACCAUGUGUGCAGGUCUAAGAAAAGGACCCCUUAAUACUGGCCCCAUUCCCAACUCCUCCUGGGAUGCCUGCAGUGACUUUUCAGUAAAUAAUCCCACGUCCCACAGAUACUGACUCAAAAGGUCCUAUAGGUGACCAAGCCACUCCAUUACCGCAUGAUGGAGCAUGUAUUUAGUUCUUGCAGAAAUCAGGCGUCAUGGAUAGCUGUAGAUCUCACCAAAUUAUUGCAAGUCCAUUUUUUUGGCCUGUCCAGUGCAGCUAGAGCCAACUUGAGGGACCUGUGAACCUUGUGUGGUUAGGUCCUCCAAAUACCUCACAUCAGCAGAGUGCGUGCUUGGAUACAUUUGUACUGAAUUAUACAUAUACAUAACAUAGGUAUCAGUUUGAUCCACUUUGGAUUAUUCCACAGUAGAGUUUGCACUGUUUCCUUGUCUUGUGAUUCAUAACUCAACUAAAAUGAUUGGCCCAUCUGACAAUUUUAGACUCAUUGAAGGUCGCUACAUACCAGACGCGAUGUGAUUAUUCAUCGGAUGACAAGAUACUUUUGCAGCAACAUGACCAUACACACCUGAGCGACAUAGAUGCGAUGCCACAGAUUGACAGCCUAUGUAUAUACAUUUUUUUAAAUAUGUAUUUUUAUAUGGGCUCAGUUUCACUCUAAAACAAAUAUAAAACUAUUAAAAAUUGUUAUUGAUUGACAAGACUAUUUCAACAUAUGUAGCAAUAAAUCAUACAUACUAGGCAUAUCCAGUUCCUUCGAAAUAGACUCCCAUAUAUUAUCUUUCAUUUCUGUAUCUUAAUAAUUGCAAUGACCUUUGUCAUAAAGAUCUGGGUAUUUUUCCACAGCAAGUAUUAUUUAUUACUCCAUUAUUUUGGAUAGUGCUUCACCCUGGUGGACACUGUGCAUUGAAGCAGUUCUCUGAUUGCCCAGUUGUCACGCAAAGAAAUUACAAUCCUAUUUAUUUCACGUCGCUCCAGUGCCGCCCCUACGCCACCUGUCAUGUCGCCUGGGGUGUGAAAGAUGCUUAUCAAAAGUAUAGGUAGGUUCUAUUCAUUUUGUCACAUCGCGUCUGGUGUGUAGUGGCCUUUAGACAUCUGUGUAAAAUUUUACUGAGGAAUUCCAAGAUACAAUAGAAGCAAGGUUAUAUACACAACCAUAUACAGGUAAUGUGAAUUCCAGUAGUUUUGCAGAAAUCCUGCUUGUGUAGCACUUCUUGGCCACAGGGUGGAGCUACCCACAUGCUGGCUUAUGAGCCUCCAUUUUACGUGGACGACUGAAGGUGUGCUGGGGCCUUUUCAAAAAGCAUUAGCUCAUUGUUUAUUAAAGACUGUAUGGUCUUUUCAAUGGAUCUUAAUGGCAGUGCAUCUUGAUACCACCACUGACCCCAAUUUUAUGAAAAUCAAACAUCCAGCCGGAUGUUAUUCUUUUUAGUUUAUUUCUGUCUGUAAAAUAAUUUUUAAAAAGUCGUGAAGGUGCAUAUUUUAGGGAAUAGGGCCAACGGAUAUCCUUGAUGAGAGGCUUUGUCUGUUGUCCCAGAUACUGUAUCUUUAAAGGGCAGAUCAUCUUACAAGCUGGUGUUUUUCCUGAACAGAGUACUUUAAUAUUCAUAUUGUGAAGUUCCUAAUAAGAGCCCAGGCUAACUAAGCAUUGAGAAAGUGACAAGUAAAAUGUAUGAUUAUUAAGUGAGUUUUAUAGACUAACAGGGACUAAAAAUGAGAGAUGAGUGCUAACAGGGUGUUACAUAGCAACAUGUUACAGCAGUAUCUUCCUGUCAUAAAAAAGUCUUAAUAAAAUCACAUCACAGUAUUACAAAUGAAACAAGAUAACAGAGCUAAUUGACAAAGCCACAAAGAAUCACUACAGACAAAACAAUAUUGUGUGGUGGAUGGCAGCCAAAGUGAGGGCUCAAUGGUCUAUUUAAGCAUCACAGUCCAAAUGAAACUGUAUAUACAUUUUCCUAUUAUUUCUUUUUUUACGUGUUUACUAUCUGUGUUCUCUGUUAUUCGCUGUUGCUGUUUCUGCUUAAUUAUUGGUUGUGAAGCCCGUAGGUGAAGCAUUGUGCACUGAAUCCUGUGCAGCACUGAUGUGCUUCCCCAUCUCGCAGAAACCACAAUAGAAAAUCAUACAGAAGACACAUAAUGACAGGUAAGAAAUUAAAUAUUAGGAGAAUGUAGAUGAUUUCAUAAGGCAUCUUUAUCACACUUGAGUGCCGGUGGACAUGCAAGGUGACCCUCCUGUUGUAAAUCAAUGAAACCAGAUUUACCGCUCUCAUUUGAAAUGUAAUUGAGACACCUGUGAUGUUUAGUUACCGUUACUAAAUGACUGUUGAUUGUACAAGGGGUUUGGAUGUUUGAACUGAGGAGAAAAUAACAGUAAUUACAUUGGCGCCGAUCACUGGCACAGGUAACAGUCACUUUAUGUAUUGAUGAUAAAAACAGACAAGUUGACUCAAAAUGAAUCAGUUGCCUUUACUUUGACUUUAACUUUUAAACUCCUAUAUGGUGAAAGAAAGCAGCAUGUAGCACUGAAGGGGUUAGUGGGCCACAGGCUAUUGUUUUGCACUGUAAAUAUACAACGUGAAUCCCUGUAUAUGAAGGACACAGAACAGUGAUGGCAAUACCUGGCUGCUGUCACUAGAUUUCCAAAGUAAUUUGACAAUUAGGCCUAAAGAAAGUAUUAGUCUGUUACUUAGAUGUUGUAAAUGUUUUAGGAUUUGCUUUUUGUUUUAGGUUUUUAAUUUUUUUUUUUUUUUUGGGGGGGGUGGGGAGAUUAUUGUUACAUUAUUGUUGUGUACUUUUAAUGUUAUUCCCACUGCCGGAUGAUGUAGAUGCUGAUAUUCUGUAAAAGAAAGCUUGAUAUCAGUUAUGCUUCUUGGAAAGGGACAGAGAUUUUGUGUUGAGGAUUAAUGAACGCUUUUCCUGAAGCCAUUCAUUCCAGAAAAGUUGGCUUGGUUCACAUCUAAACAAACACAAAAUGUGACUGUCGUUUUGUGGAAUGUUGUUUUAUGAAUAUGGAGAGGUUGCACAGCAGCAGAUGCUGAAGUGAUGCAACGAUGGCCCUGUAUUGUUGCCGAAUUAGCCUGGGUGUACCCUGCUUUAUGGGCAUGAAGAACCCUAGACACAGGAAUUACAUUUAGAAAUACAAAAGGAAACUUAGCAAAUUCAGUGACACAUUUUUCCAAGUCUUUCUCAAUGUCUUCAAUGUUGAAAUGAGUUUUGGUUCACAUUCUCAUAUCACUUGGUGAUGUGGUUGUGGUUCACAUUCUCAUAUCACUUGGUGAUGUAGCCACCCCCCCCCACCCCCCCCCCCCCCCAAAAAAAAUAAUUUACCGAGGCAUUGCUAGUUCCUUUGACUUCCCUUUACCUUCCUUGUUAUCUUGUUGAUCCUUUUGGUUUCCAGACUUUAUUUUCACUUUGACUGGUGAAGCCUGAGUCUUUGUUACAGGUAACAGGACCCCAGGUAUUCUAUGCUGUGUAAAGGAAAACUAGUUGGGUUUGCAUACAGUAGAUGUGCUUAAUCUGAGAGGAUACAUGAAAAAUAGAUGUGAAAAACAGAUUAGCAUGAAAGCAAAGGUUUUGUUAAUGAGAGGCAGGAAAAUUCUUUAAAGCCCUGGUGGUUCGUACACAUUUAACCAAGAUGAAACACCUACUGGGGGCGGGUCUGGAAGGAGGUCCAGUGGCUGAGUUGAGAUUGGAAUGCAGAGUCUCCUGGUUUUCAGGCUGUUGAUCAAACCACAGGACUAACCACACUGUAGCACUCCAGGAGCCUCAGUCAGUGGUGGGGUGGGUCAGUCAGUGCAUAGCAGCACUCUGCCACGUGAAAAAAUCCACUUCUCCAUGAUGUUCUCCUGAUGGGAUUUUAUCACUUACAUGAGAAUUCUCCACCCACAUGGAGCCAUCACUCAUGGGACAUGGCAGGCUACUGGAGAGCUUACCGUUUAUCAGUAUUUGAGCAGGGGCAUUAUUCAGUGUCGAUUAAAACAAAACAAAAAAAAACCUUUAGUUUACUGUAUUAAAGUUCUUGUUAAAGAAAGAAAGUUGGGAGUAAUUCUAACAUAAGAAUGGAUGAGUGUCAGUAGGGCUUUUUUGUCUUAUCUAUGGAAGAAGACUUCAUGUUGUUACAUACUGAAUUGACAGUGAGUCAGUGUAGCAAAACUGCUCAUUGGAAUUACUCCUACAUAUAAUUCUGUUAUAUCUGAAAGUGCUGCCCUUGACUUGGUAUGUUACUAUUGCUAUAGAAAAAUAGAAGUGCAUUGAAUGUACCCCUCCAUGUCUUGUUAUCAAAAUGUUUUAAGUAUUGUUAAUCUUCAGAAGUAAAUACACUACACAAAUCUUAGAUAUAACUUUUUUACCAAUUUGUCUUGGGCACAAUGCUAAAGAACAUAGCGUUUGACAAGCUCCUAGUGAGAAGGGCAUUUUGUGAACUGUCAAUUGACAAAAUUGAAAUUCUUCAAGCCAAAAAAGGUAUUGAUGCUCAUUCUGUAAAGCGCAAGAAAGCAUGAUUCAGCUGAACUGGCCUGUCCCAUUUUGAUUGAUCUCAUCAGUGCCUUGCUGCUUUUUCACUAUUGUCCCAAUAAAGCAAGCACAACCUUGAGUCCCACUCCUAAUUACUAGCGUUUUACCUAGAUGGUGAAAUGGGAAGGCAGUAUUAACAAUUCAGUGUUUCUCUGAAGUGCAGCCUGAGCAUAUCUUGAGCAAUGCCUCCUUUUAUUUGCAAGGGAAAGUUAAAAACAAUAAGCACUUAUAAAACUCAUCAUGAAGUAUUAAAAAAAAAAAAAGGUUUUAGAAAUAUUAUUGGGGACAUCAUGCCACUGGGCACAUUGCCUACCACUAAAGCAGCAUGAUGCUGGAACUAAAUCUUUGCCUUUUUUAUUGAGGCUAGCCUUACCGCACUAAUGUGUAAGAGGGAGGUGCCUAGAUUGCUGCUGGUGCCUGAUCUAACUGUAGUCUGUUUCUUGUGCACGUGUGUUUACAUUGCUUUCAUAGAAAAGGUAUCCAUGUACAGUAGAAUGUGAAAUUGUGUUUGAAACUUAGAAUGUCUAUGAAACUAAACUUUUAAAGACACAUCCAAAGCUGGUAAGGUGAGAUUGCACAACCUAAGCCUGACGCAUGUACAUGUUUUUUCAUUAUAUUUUAUUUAACUUUUUUUUUUUUUUUUUUUUUUUUUAAAAAGACUGGGAGAAAUAUGGCAGCCUUAGGCAACACAAGCAGCUCGGAGGAAUGGGCCGGAUUUAUUUAGGGAAAUUAGAUUAGAGUUGAUUAGAGUUAUUUACUUCAAAUUGUCAUUUGGGCAAUUUGAAAAGAUUAAAAAAAUGCCAAUUACAACUUUAAAGAAAAUGCCUGAUGUUUAUUUCUGGGUUGGUGACUCUUUUUGGGUAUGUUUCUUACGAUGUGGAGUAAACGGCUUGGAGAAUCUAGCCCAUUGUGUAUAUGUUAAAAUGUUUCAACACAACAGUUAAAAGGUGACCCCAUUCACACUUGCGAUUUAAGGCGCCAAAACAGAAAAGGCAGCCUGGGGCCCAGAUUUAGGCUGCCGUUUCGAUGUGGCCCAGGGCCUGCAAUCUGAGACCAGGGCCGGCCUUUAUAUAUGUAUGAACUCAAAGCAGACUAAGGCCAAAAUCACAUGACCAAUGUGGUUCCAUAGCUCAGUAGACACUCCCAUACUCCCACGCACGUGAAAGGUAAAUAGAAAGCUGAAUGCUCUGCUAGCCAAGACAGCAGUGGAUCAAUAUUGAACGGUAAUUAUUUCUACACCAUACAACUUUAAUUAUAAAAAAUAUUAAAUAAAAAAUCUAGCAGGUUAACGUUCAGGUUGUUUCUUUCACAUAAAUUACGAGCUGCAGUGCCUUCAGAAUUAUGCUUAACUUGUCACAAUUACCUUCUCUGUGUUAUUUAGUAACUGAGCGAUAAAUAUAAAAACUGCAGGAUUGUGGAUCUCAAUAAUGAUCAAUAAUGCUGGCGACUUGACAUAUUCAGCUACCAUUGUUUGUUUUGCAUGCAAUGAUAUACAUAGCUACAGAAGUGUGUGUCUUUACAUUAAAAUGCCGAUCAUUUCUUUAGCUGCUUGCUUUUACACACACACAAAAAAAUACUGUUCUCAUCCAGAAAUAGUGAGAUCGCUGAUGCACCAUGUGAGGGUGAUAUUUCAAUGCCUGUUAUUGUGAUUAUUAUUGCUAAUGUUAUUCUACUGGAAAUAGAGCAGUGGUUUAUUAUGUAUCGUGUAUGUUGUUGAGCAAAGUGUCUUUACUGCUAAUGUUUAGGGACUAGAGAAUAAUAUUGACAAUGAUAAUAAUAACAAGUAAACAAUAGACUAGUUUAACAAUCAUGCUUGAAAACAAAGACAGAAUUCAUGCAGGUUAAACAAAUAUGUAUACAUGAGAAGAAACAUGUGUAAUGUAUUUAAUACCUUCCUUAGGAGGGAACAGUCGUACUAGUAUUAGGUGGUCAGUUGUGCGCUUGUCUUGUGAAUGUCAGUCAAUGAUAGUCAUUUGCAGUCUGUGAAGUAUCCGUUACGAAAAUAAAUAUUUAUACCUGUCAACACUAGCAAGUUGCUGUUUCCUGCAUUCUAAAUACCUCCAAUGCUCUUGAGAGAAUAAUGUGAUUGUGGGUGCAUUGAAAAAAAAAAAAUAUUAAUAAGAAACAUCUGCUACAAGUCAAGGAUUACUGUAUAUCCCAGUAGCUCUUCCAUUCUGAGCGCAGGCUAUCGUUCCAUAAAAAACAAAAAAAAGAAGUUCGCCACAUUUUAGGCCUACUUUUCAGUCACAUGUGACCGCACAAAGGCGCCUUAAACCGUAAAUAUGAACAGGGUUGCAGACCAAAUUCUGAGGCGGCCCUGGGCCAGCACAGUAGUGUGAACGGGGUCUUAGACUUUACUUCUCUUAUCCAUCUUAUUGCUUUGCAAACUACAAGAUGGUAAACAGUGCUUAGCAAACUGUUCUGCUGUGUAUUGGGGCCUAGAUUACAGAUGUGUUCAAGGCUCCCUGGACUGCAAGAUGGGACUCACUACAAAGAAAGGGGGGUUUCAGUCUAGACGGGCACUGGCCUAUUUCUAAUCACUUGAUGUACUGAGACUACUUCUGUUCAGUGCCUUGGGUCACUAACCAUUUCAGUCACUAACCAAAUCAGUCUAGUUUAGUUUUGCAUUGACCAGCCUCAAGCCGCCAUGUUCCUCCCAACCAGGACCCCACGAACACUUACAGAAAGACAUAAUUAAGAGACUGUAAUUGUAGCUAAUAAAAAAAGAAAGCUUGGCUGAAAAGAGGUAUCUGUAGUGCUAGAUUCUACCAAAGCAUGUAAUGGCCUAGGAAGUUGUGCAACCUUUCUCCUCUCCGAGGGAUGCAGGGAGGGCAUGGGCCAUAUGAAGUUCAUUUGGUGCUUGGUGGUCCUGAUGUCGAGUGCCAGAUCCACCAUGUGCCAAUGUCUCCAACAUUUCCAUGCUAUUUCAUGACUAAAGAAACAAUUUACUUUUGAACAGUGCAGCUAAGUGAACCACUUUCUGAGUGUAUCACCUUGUGGCACUUGUAUCUGAGGCACAAGGUGGUUCAGUCAGCAGGCCAGUGGCUGAAUUAGGAUCUCAAACUGGAACCUCUAAGCUCCUGGUCCUCUUCUCUAACCUCUAGGCUACUCAGCCCUACAAAUGUCCUGUUAUUUUGAGGUUCACUAUUACUAAUAACAAAAUAAAAGAAAAAAACUGCUACUGCUACUACUACUACUAAACAGAUUUCCUUUGAGGUUCAGAAGAGUUUCCUCUUCUAUAUGAAAUGUAUGAAAUGUAUUGGUGGUCCAUAACUAAACUGUCCUGCUGGUUGUAAAAAUAAAACGUUUCUAGACAUGCA